AUGGUGGAGAAUGAUGCUAGUGGCAUUCUCGCACCAAGUGGGACUCUGCUCGCGGAACUUGGACAAUCAGGGUACAACAAGGCACCCUUGCUUCUGUUCCCCUCCCUCCACCUCCUCCUCUUUCUCCCCUUCCCCCUGUUUCCCCCACUCCUCGUUACCCACAAACAACAGGAGGACGCCAUAUUGCUGCGCAUGGUGCGGAAGCUAGGCGCGCGCCACUGGAACAAGGUCGCGGAGCAGGUUCCAGGAAGGAGCGCCAAGAGCUGCCGGCUGCGGUGGUGCAACCAGCUGGAUCCGGCCGUGAAGCGCGGCGCCUUCAGCGCAGAGGAGGAUGCGAUCCUAGCGCAGGCGCACGCGCGGCACGGGAACAAGUGGGCGCGGAUCGCGAGGUAUUUGCCUGGGCGGACGGAUAAUGCGAUUAAGAACCACUGGAACUCCACCCUUAGACGGAGAAGACUUGCUGCUGCUGGGACCGCCGGUGCUUCUGCUGCUGUUCCUGGCGUGGGUGGUGGGGGCAUUGACGGUGUUGCAAGUGCUUCUGCUAGUAGGGACUGGGCAGAUGUGAUGGACGGCAUGGAUCUGCUGCCAAACAGGCUGCCAGAGGAAAUCAACGGUGAUGAUGACGAGUUGGUUCCCAAGGCUCAGGUUUCGACGACCUGUUCCCUUCCAAGCAGCACCGGGGAACAGCUUUGCCCUGACACCAGCAGCACGAGUCAACUGUCCCCCCAGCAGGUCAGUGGUCUGCUGCAGCAGGUUGACUCCCUGCUGGCUCUGCUGCGAUCUGCUAAGAGUUCCCCUUCUAACCGCUUACCCCCUCUGGCCACCUUCCGCCACUAG